AUGUAUAGCGGCCCAAUCACCUUCACAGUUCCCCAGAUUCAUCUUCUUGACAAUUCACCUCGCCUUCAUUUAAACCUCGCCACCCGCCAUAGAAAACCCUCCAGGAAAGGACUUCAACUAUCAAAAACCGCUCUCGACAAUCAAGACUCUCUAAAUCCAAGUACACCGUCGUUACUCGCUGCAAAAAUGGGCCUGCUAGGAAAGAUCAUUCACUUGAGCGUUGACGCUGUUAUCGUCUCCGCAUUCCUCGCCGGUGUGAAACGGUCAACCGGCUUAUCCUUCAAGACCGAGAAAAUCGAAUCCAAGGACAUGCGCGGCAUGGUCAACAAGUACCUAGACAUCGGCGAGUGGGUGAUGGACCAGAGCAUCGCGGUCAUGGGUACAUCUGCAUACUUUGAGAGGAAGAGUAUGUCUUCUGCUUUCUCUUCUCGUUCUUAA